GGGGCCGGCCCCGCACAGCAGCACCGGCCGCUCCGCAGCUGCCCCGCAGCUCCCCCGCUCCGGGACAGGCAUCCUGUGGCUGUAGGAGGAGUCUGUGGUCACCUCCCCCUCCGAGGCGCUGCGGCCAGAUUCUCCAGCAGAGGUACCCCCCCAGCUGCCAAGAUGUCCAGCAAACGUGCCAAAGCCAAGACCACCAAGAAGCGCCCGCAGCGCGCCACCUCUAACGUCUUCGCCAUGUUUGACCAGUCGCAGAUCCAGGAGUUCAAGGAAGCCUUCAACAUGAUCGACCAGAACCGCGACGGCUUCAUUGACAAGGAGGAUCUGCACGACAUGCUGGCUUCCCUUGGGAAGAACCCCACCGACGAGUACCUGGAGGGCAUGAUGAGCGAGGCGCCGGGGCCCAUCAACUUCACCAUGUUCCUCACCAUGUUUGGGGAGAAGCUGAACGGCACCGACCCGGAGGACGUGAUCCGCAACGCCUUCGCCUGCUUCGACGAGGAGGCCUCAGGCUUCAUUCAUGAGGACCAUCUGCGCGAGCUGCUGACCACCAUGGGAGACAGGUUCACUGACGAGGAGGUGGAUGAGAUGUACCGGGAGGCGCCCAUCGACAAGAAGGGCAACUUCAACUACGUGGAGUUCACCCGCAUCCUGAAGCACGGGGCCAAGGACAAGGACGACUAGAGCCCAGGGCCGCUCAUCCCCUCUGCAUCCCCUGGCACACACCCCGCACCCCUCGGCCCCCCUUGCUGCCCCACAGCAGGCUCCCCCCGUGGGAAACACCUCCCAGGACCAGCACCCCGCACUGGGUCACGCUUGGAGGGGAAGCAUUCCCUCACUUUGCUGCUGUACACCCGUCCAUCAGCCCCAGAGCUCCCCUCCCGUCACCUUUCCCACCCACAUCUCGACCUGCUGGGACCCCCAGCCUAGCUGGGAGCAGCCACUGAUCCCCCUGGAACACCGUCCUGCCAGCGACAUCUCAGGGCUGCAGCACAGAAAGUGCCUCUCCCGCCCCCUCCUGCACUCCCUUCCACCCCAGCUGCUUUAGGGCUUUAAAGCCAAUGACCAGAGGGAUUUGGGAGCCGAAGCGGCGUAUAAAACCCGCUGGGUGUGAGUCA